UAUUAGAAAAAAUAGAAAUAGAAAUUUUUGCAUUGUGGUGAUUAGUAGUUCGUGUGAUUACUGUUUCUCAUUAAAAAAUGUUAAAUUAAUUUAACAAAAAGUGCAGAAAUUGUUUAAACAAUUGCAUUAGAUCGUACAUAAAGCUCAAAAAUCUCGACGAAUCUCUUUUGAAACCCAAUUCCUAAAUUAAAUAAAACAAGUCCAGACAACAAAAAACCGUCAUGGAUCGCAAAGCUGAAUUAGAACGCAAAAAAGCCAAGUUGGCUGCUUUGCGGGAAGAAAAAGAUCGCAGACGUCGUGAAAAAGAAAUGAAAGACAUCGAAGAGGCUACUGGACGAAUAGGUGGUGGUGUUGGAAUUGACAAGGAUCAAAGAAAGGACUUAGAUGAAAUGUUAUCAUCUUUGGGUGUUGCUCCAGUAUCAGAAGUCUUAUCCUCACUUUCAUCUGUUAAUUCUGUAGCAUCAGAAAACUCAAAUAAUAUAACUCCAGAUGCAAGUUUGCAACCAAGUGUAAAUGGCCAAAGUGUUGGUCGUAAAAAGCCAUUGAAUUUGAGUGUCGUCACUGUACAGGCAACAAACAUUCCACCAAAGGAAACUCUCGUCUACACAAAGCAAACCCAAACGAAUAGCUCAGGUGGACACGAACGUGAUGUUCUUUCUUGCCAUUCCUCACCUUUAUCAGGAUAUAUGGAGGAUUGGUGGAGACCCCGCAAAGCUCACGCAUCGGAUUAUUACGAUGAAUACAAUCUUAAUCCAGGUUUAGAGUGGGAGGAUGAAUUCACAGGAGAUGACGAAGAGAGCUCGCUGCCACACAUCGAUCAUGGUUUUCAUUCCAAGCUGCCGCCAGGAAUCCUACCCCAUGGUCUGCCCACUGUGAAGGAAGUAGCCCCAGCCAUAACACCACUUGAACACAAAAAGGAACAUGAAGAGAAAAAAGAGAUUAAGGAACUAUCGGAAGAACAAAAACAGAUGAUCAUCUUGUCGGAGGACUUCCAGAGGUUUGUACUACGCGCUGGACGUGUAAUUGAGAGGGCCCUAUCCGAGAAUGUGGACAUCUAUACGGACUACAUAGGAGGUGGUGAUAAUGAAGAAGCAAACGAUGAGAAGACACAUGCUAGGCUGUCGUUGAAUCGAGCAUUCUACGAAGACCGAUGGUCCAAGAAUCGAUGCAUCACUUCAAUGGAUUGGUCAACACACUUUCCUGAACUGGUCGUAGCUUCAUAUCACAAUAAUGAGGAAAGCCCUAAUGAACCAGAUGGUGUUGUUAUGGUGUGGAACACAAAAUAUAAAAAACAAACCCCCGAAGAUGUAUUCCAUUGUCAGAGUGCCGUAAUGUCAACAUGUUUUGCUAAAUUCAAUCAGAAUUUAAUUCUGGGUGGAACUUAUUCUGGUCAGAUUGUUCUCUGGGAUAAUCGAGUUCAAAAGCGCACGCCCAUCCAGAGAACACCGCUUAGUGCUACCGCACAUACGCAUCCAGUGUACUGUUUGCAAAUGGUUGGCACACAGAAUGCACACAAUGUGAUAUCGAUCUCAUCCGAUGGUAAGCUUUGCUCUUGGAGUCUGGAUAUGCUGUCGAUGCCGCAAGAUACACUGGAAUUGCAGCAACGGCAAUCGAAGCCAAUAGCUAUCACUUGCAUGUCGUUUCCAUCGAAUGAGAUCAACAAUCUGGUUAUGGGCAGUGAAGAUGGCAAUGUAUACUCUGCUUAUCGCCAUGGAAUACGUUCGGGUGUGUCUGACGUGUAUGAGAAGCAUUUAGGUCCAGUGACGGGAAUAUCAACUCAUCCAAAUCAAUCAACACCAGAUUUUGGUGAUUUGUUCCUUACAUCGUCCAUUGAUUGGACAAUUAAACUAUGGAGUCUUAAGGACACCAAACCAUUAUACUCUUUUGAAGACAAUUCUGAUUAUGUUAUGGAUGUUGCAUGGUCUCCAAUUCAUCCCGCCGUGUUCGCUUCUGUCGACGGCAGUGGUCGCCUUGAUUUAUGGAAUUUAAAUCAGGAUACCGAAGUGCCCUCGGCAUCAGUGGUUGUUGAUGGUGCUCCAGCGCUGAAUCGUGUUUCAUGGACCCCAUCUGGGCUCCAUUUAACAAUUGGUGAUGAUUCAGGUAAACUUUAUGUUUACGAUGUUGCUGAACAUGUCGCACAACCAACACGGGAUGAAUGGUCGAGAUUUAGUGGAACGUUGAGUGAGCUCAAAAUGAAUCACAAUGAUUAGAUUUUUAACAUUAAAAACAAAUCUAAAGAAGACAAAAAUUAUGAGAAUGAGGAGGUGUUAGGUCUUUGGAUUUUUUUUAUAUGCGACUAUAAUAGCAACCGCAAUAACAACACCAACAAAACACUCAAAAUCUUUGUACGAAGACUUAAAUUAAUUUACCUGGGCCCAUAAAAAAAACAAGACCUAAUGAUUUUGAGUUCAACAUUCGAAGUUUUUUGUCAGUAAAAACUUUCGUUUAAGGUUUUAUGUCGAACUUGAAUAUCAAGGUUUUGUUUUAUAAAAAAGGGGCCUUUUGCUUUUAAACAUAUAUUUUUUUUAAUUAAUUCUUCCAAUAUCAAAACUUUUUGUACGUAUUAUUUUUAAAAUUUAAUAUUAUUGCUUUAAAUCAUUUAAUGAAAAGUAAAUCCAACGAAAAAAAAGAA